UUCGCUGACAGUGACACGAAGCAGCAGAUGUUCAUCUGGAAACUACCAGAAACUUCUUAGAGCGAAAAGCUGAAAUAGGAAUAUUUUCACCUGCUGUUUAGAAAGGCUUGAAUUACACCUGAGAUGAAACAUUGUCUGGAUGGAAGAGUGAGACUUAAUUUUUAAUGUCUUGACCUGGGUUUUCCCACAGAUGGGAUUAUUGUUUAUCCAUUGACAGAGCAGAGGUCUUCUGCCAUUUUGAAUUACUCAGCUGGGUUGAUUUCACAUGGUUUAAUGAAGGAUCACAUGACUCCGUCUAGACUGUGCGGAGAGGGGAUUUCUGAAGUCGCCCCAGAGGAUAUCCGAUAUCAGAAACACAGCUAUGGAAAAGAUCAGGUCCCUAUUCAUUAAGUACUGGUCGUCUGAUGUUGGUCUGGAUGGCAAGACUGCGAUAGUUACGGGAGCUAACACAGGCAUUGGCAAGGCGACUGCCAAGGACUUGGCCAAGAGAGGCGCACGUGUCAUCCUGGCCUGUAGAGACAUAGUUAAGGCAGAGUUAGCAGUCCACGACAUCACCAGGGAAAUCAAAGGGGCCAAUGUAGAAGCCAGGAAGCUGGACCUUGCUGACAACAAGUCCAUUUGUGAAUUUGCAGAGAACAUUUACAACACGGAAAAGGUGCUUCACCUCCUGAUCAACAAUGCAGGCGUGGCUGCCUGUCCCUACAGCACCACUGUGGAUGGAUACGAAAUGCAGCUUGGAGUCAACCACCUCGGUCACUUCUUCCUGACUUUUCUGCUAUUGGAUCUGCUGAAGCACUCCGCCCCCUCCCGUGUCAUCAAUGUGUCGUCGUCAGCCCACGCCAUGGGCCGGAUCAACUUUGAGGACCUGCACAGCCGGAGGGAAUACCACCCCAUCAAGGCAUACACCCAGAGCAAACUGGCUAACAUACUGUUCACCAGAGAGCUGUCCAAGAAGACCGAGGCAGGUCUUGGUGUCACAGCUUAUGCUGUGCAUCCGGGGGUAGUGAACACAGAAUUGGUGCGCCAUGUGAAGAGCCCCCUAGAGGUCAUGUGGAAGAAGUUCAGCUACUUCCUCAAGACGCCAGAAGAGGGAGCUUACACUGUUCUGUAUUGCUCCUUGACACCCGUCUCGGAACUAGUCUCCGGGGGCUACUACAGUGACUGUGCCCAGUCAGCGACUGCCAGGAAUGGAAGGGAUGAUGGAACCGCUCUGAAACUCUGGGCUGUCAGCUGUCACCUGCUGGGCAUCCGCUGGAAUUGAACAGGCAUAUAGGAUAUUGCUAUCUUGUCACAGAAUUGCUUCUUUCCGUCACAGCAAUGACUGAGACAAUACAUUGCCGUCAUAAAUCCUGCUAAGUGAAAUGCUAGGCCUGACACUAGAAAGUGAUGGGGCAGAUUCUAGAAUUUUUGUAGAGUGUUGCAUGCUACAAUUUCCUGCUUUUCAUGCCUAAUGGUGUUGCUGCCGUCAGUACACUCUCUGAGACUGAAGAAUUGGUCAGAUGUUCAGUUGUCAAUAAAAUGAAUGCUGU